GAUUGACGUCAAAAUGUAAAUACUCUGUAUAUGCAUUCAUUCACAUUCUAAAAAAAGGAACCAAAUCGCUAACACCUCCAGGAUUAAAACCGAUUAUUACCGCACAGUGGUCGAUAAAUUUGUCUGCACUUUGUAUGUUGACCUCAUAUUAAGGAGAAAUGGCGAGAUUACGAGAGGGAAAGUUAUACAAACUUCUCAAAGAAUCGGACGAUGCAGAUGAAGUGUUUGAUGCUUGUUACAACUAUGCUUACAGUGGCAAGGAUCUUAAUGCGCGAGACGAAGAAACGGGAGAGAGUUUUAUGCACCUCCUGGCGGAUGAGAUCCGCCACUUUACCACCGCCCGUGGGGUGGGGAUCAUAUAUUUGAUGGCGUGUAAGGGCAUGGAUCUAGAUAUUGCUGACAUAAAUGGGGACACGUUUCUUCACAAGAUUUGUCGGAAACCACAUACCCAUCGUGUACUGGUUUCUGUCAUUCGGAGUGGGGCGGAUCCAUUAAUUCGCAAUAAGAAGAAUCAGUCACCUGCCGAUGUUUUACAGGAGGAGAAACCCGAGGGGUGGGAGGAGACCCUCCAUUACUACAACAUGUUCAAACCUGGUUUGUACCGCGCUCUUCAAGAAGACAAUCCAGACAGGGAGCUCAUACGUCGUCUGUUAAAGUUUUGGUGCCGUGUAACCGUAGUGAAGAAUCGCCGCACAAUACAUCUUAAGUCCCGACUACUGGAGACGGCUUAUGGGCGGAAUCUCGUGGAACUGAUAGAAGAGUACGAAAACACAAACGAAUUCAUCCCCGCCUUGCUUGAGUGCGAGGCUAAGCUUAUUAGACAGUGGAUUAAGGAUCAAAUUAUAGUCAACAUCAAUGUUAAUACCAAAGAUUACAGUUACCAGUUUUCGGCCCCUAAUACCCCCAUUGCCCCUCGUCCCCUCUUGGUGGCCGUCUGGGAGACGAGAUGUCUGGAGACAGUGGACAUAAUGAUGGAGCUUGGCGCCGACACCAGUGUACUCUUCUCAUCCGAACCCGACAAAGAAAAACCAAAGCCUCUCUUUUUCCACGUUCUUAGUGGUCCUUUCAAACCAUCAGAUGAAAUUGCCUACCGGAUAUUACGUGGUUCCAAUCUUAACGUCAGAGAUCUCAAUGGACGAACAGUAUUGUUUGAAGCCAUUUCACACAACGCGUCAGAAGUAAUGAUUAAUUUUCUACUCAGUCAAGGAAUCCGGAUAGGACUGCGUGAUAAACAAGGAUUUACAGCAUAUGAUAUUGCAAAGAAAGAGAAAAAACUACAUUAUUGUAAGCUUUUAGAUAAUCACGUGAUCAACCUCGUUCGGGAUUGUGAUAUGGCACGUGUUGAGGAUAUGUUUCUGUUGGGAUAUGAUCGAAUUCUGAAAGCGAGGGAUAAGGAUGGGGUGACCGCCCUCGGGGUUGCAAGAAAUAGUGAUUCUACACAACUAAAAGAAACAAUGAACAAAUUUAACAAUGUUCAGGAACACAUUUGCAAAUUAUUCCACACUACACACGAAGGCGAUCUACAGCAAUUAAAGAAUUUAUUGGGAAGGAAGUAUUACUGUGCUCAGGAUAUAUGUGGGAGAAAUGUCCUUCACAUUGCUGUGAUGUCCCAGCAUAAGUCAAUUGUAGAAUAUCUAUCAACUAACUACCCGCAACUUCUCAACAUGCAAGAUAAUCUUGGACGAACACCAUUACACUAUGCAGAAAUUUUUCUAGAAGGCACUAAAGUUAUAGAUUUCAUGAUUGAAAAAGGAACAUCAGUUGAUAUCAAAGACGUGCACGAACGUACAAGCGUUGACUACCAAUGUGAUGUUUGCGGACAGAGGGCGUACUUAGCGUUAAAGAAGGAGAUCCAGGAAUUUAGACUAGACGUGUUCCUGGCACAAACCAAAUUCGAACGGACAUUUAUGGAGGCUGUGAAGAAAAACAACUUGCCCAAGGUUAAGGACCUAGUUAAGGGGGUGCUGAUGUAUGGAAACUUAAACCGCUACAGUCACGUGCUCUUUGACUGUGUGGACAAAGGUCAAGAGGACAUAGCGGUGUACUUGAUUGAGCAGGGCAUGGACACACAUAUCUACAAACAGUAUCAAGCAUGCAUAGCGAACGAUCCCGACUGUGCUGUUGGUGAAUGCAAUCACACAGUGACAUCAUUUAAAGAGAGGGUAAUCAACAGCGGUAACAACAAGAUACUGAACGCAAUGUCAGAAACAAACAGCAAAGCUGAACAGUUGCCAGAGGUUAUACUUGGCUAUUGAGGUGGAAAUAAAACACACGGAGAGUAUUUCUAUGUUGCAAAGCAAAGAACAUCAUUCUCGGAUGUGCAGUCAUUCAAUGUUUUCGGAUUGCUGUGACACACAUUAAUGGACUGUCACAAUAAAAUAUGUAUACUCGUUUGUUGCAUCAGUUGUUGUAUAUCAGUGUAAAUAAUCCUAUUUUUACUUCAAUUAAUCAAAACAACUAGUACAAAUCUCUGUCAUCCUUGGACCUUGAAAUUAUUAACACCAGGAACCUUAAAUUGUUGUUGAUAACGAUGAGACGACUUAAACCCCACUUCUUUGCGGUA